AGGCAGGGGGUCAUCAUCUACGCCAUCGGGGUGAAAUCCUCAAAUGAUAAUGAGCUGAAUGAGAUUGCUGGGGAUCCAAAGAGAAAGUUUUUUGUCGAUAGUUUUGAUGCCCUGAAAACCAUCAAAAAUAACAUCAUCAGAGAGAUCUGUAUUCUGGAAGCUUGUAAAGACACACAAGGCGACAUAUUUUUCCUAACUGACAGCUCUGAGAGGAUCUCUGAGGAAGGCUUCCAAAAGAUGAAAGAUUUCAUGAAAUCUGUCAUUAGCAAGUCCAUCAUUGGGCAGGAUAAGGUGCAUGUUGGUUUGAUGCAGUACAGCACCACCUCACGCCUGGAGUUUGACCUCACCACACACUACAACCUGGAAGGAAUGCUAAACACCAUCGAUGAUAUGGAGCAGAUGAAUGAAGGCACUCGCACUGGCAGGGCCAUCACAGAAGUCUCACAGUAUUUUGAUGCAGCCAGAGGAGGGCGUCCUUGGGUGAAGCAGUGGUUGGUCGUUAUAACAGACGGUAAAUCCCAAGAUAACGUCAGAGAACCAGCUCGUGCUCUGAGAGACAAAGGAGUGGUGACCUAUUCCAUUGGAGUGGAUAAGGCUAACAGUAGCAAGCUGUCAGACAUCAGUGGCUCAUCGCAGAGGGUCUUUAUUGAGAAUACCUUUGAUGGAUUGAAGGAACUAGGGACCAAGCUGGCCUUGGAGUUCUGUGAGAAAGAUUGUAAAAUAGAAAAGGCUGAUAUUAUUUUUCUGGUGGAUGGUUCUGGAAGCAUAAAGAAGGAACAGUUCAAAAGUAUGCAAACCUUUAUGGCUUCAGUUGUGACCCAGACCACAGUUGGUGAGAAUCUGACUCGUUUUGGAGUCAUUCUCUACUCUGACGCAGCCAACUCCAGCUUUACUCUAAAUGAAAUUUACUCCAAAGGAAAAGUCCUUGAAGCUCUGCAGCAGCUGAUACAACCACAAGGAGGCACCUACACAGGUGCCGCCUUGGCAUACUCGCUGCAGUACUUUAACGCUAAACAUGGCGGCCGGAGAGAAAUCAGGGUGCCUCAGAUUCUCAUGGUGAUUACAGAUGGAGCAGCUCAAGACCGUGACAGACUGAAAGCAGAAUCUGAUGCUCUGCGAAAAAAUGGGGUCACAGUCAUCAGUAUCGGAGUGAAGGACGCAGACAGGAAAGAGCUGGAGACCAUGGCUGGUGACGACACAUCCAAAGUUUUCUUUGUGGAUAAUUUUGAGGGUUUAGAAACUCUGUACAAGAAGAUUUCUCCUGUCCUUUGCAAUACCACUAAGCGAGCUUACAACCAGACAGACUUGGUCUUCCUGCUCGAUUACUCGAGCAGCAUCAACCUAGAAGAGCACAAAAUGAUAAACUUCACAGCAAGUGUGGUGGACAACUUUAAUGUCAGUAAAGAGUUGGCACAUGUUGGACUUGCACAGUUCAGUGACAAACCUAAAGAUGAGAUUCACCUUAACACGUACAACAACAAGACGAAGAUGAUUGGACAUAUCCUUAACAGGCCAUAUAAAGGUCGUGCUAAGGUUCGGAAAUUGAGGAGGGAGACCAAAAAUAACGACCACUGAUCCGGCCGGGUGCAAUUAGACGGCGUUUUAAUGGAUACACAUGUGGAGUCCAAACACUGUGCAGAUUCAGUGUUGAACUGUC